GUGAAACAGCGCAUUCGAAAAAAAAAUUCAACAGCAAAACACUCGCGGAGCAACUUGUAGACGGGAAACCCGGAAAAAUCAAAAAUCGUUCGUUGGCCGGCUAUAACUUUGUUGAAAAAGGAGCGAAUGUGCAAUAAACAAGUGCGUCCUGAUUAGUGUUAUUUCGCAAUUGUUUUAAAGUGUCUCGAAAAACCGAAUGAGAUAAAUACAGUUGAAUUGCGCGCCAUGUGUGGAUUCUUGUGCCAGGAAUAAAUAAAGAUUCAAUUAAAAAGUGUUCGAAAAACAACGGUUUCUGAUAUUUGUUGUUGUCGUUGUCUUUGCUCGAAAGAACCGUUGAACGGUUCCUACGGAGCAGCAGACCAAAGCGGAAUCGACCAAAACAAAGUGCAUGCUUAAAACAAACAGUUUUCGAAGAUGUUCGAACUGGAGGAUUACUCGAGCGGCAUUCACGAGGGCUUCUUCAGCAAAUAUGCGGACGCAGCUGGGCCCUCGCUGGAUUUCUACGUCUCCGACUCAAUGCAGGAAAUGCUAAAUGUGGACAUUCGUGCGGAGAUUGCCAAUGUGGUGGGCAGCUCCAGCAGUGAUCUCACCUCGUCCCUGGAUCACGCUCUCGAAGCCAUAUCCGCGAUUAACAACAACACCAGCAGCACAGGGAGCAGCAGUCUGCCGGUCUCCUACAAUGCCAACGCCAACUUCCUGACUAGCAGCGCCCUUCACGCCUCGCCCACGGCCAAGUGGAUGGGCUCCUCGGCCAGCUUCUGGUCGAAUUCCGACUACUAUGCUGAUCUGGGUGCCUGUGUGAAUCCCAUUUCCGUGAUGCCGCUGAUAAACUCCACUUCAGGAUCGACGUUGGGUUCGCCUCGUCGCAACAAGACAGCCACGUCCGCCCAGGGCAGAUCAGGAGUGGUGCCGUCGUCACCGUCUGCAGAUCGAGAUCAUCACAAAUCCCACUUGACCUUCUCGCCGGCCCAGAUGAAGGUCAGCGCUGGAUCGCUGCGCAGGGAGCAGGUAAUGGCCCAUAUACCCAAGCAGAUAUCCGUGGUCACAGGAACUGGCACCACUGCGCCGGCCACAAUGGCCACCAAUUCGGCGCUGCAGCGUCGCAACUCGUCGGCCGUGGAUGCCGUCCGCAAGGAUCUGGCCACAGAGCUGCGCAAGGCUCAGUCAUCGAGCCCGGUGCCCAACAACCUGGAGGUGGAGAUGGGCAAGGGCAAGGGUGCCACAACACUGCUCACAGCGGGCGGCGGAGGCACCAACACCAUUAAGCUGGCACCUGGCAUCGGUGGACUGACCUUUGCUAACAGUCCUGCCUACCAGAAACUGAAGCAAACCUCUGUGGUUAAGUCACCCGGAGGCAUGUCGCCGGGAGGCAUCAUCAAGCAGGAGAAUGGAAACAAGCGAGGAGGACAUCAGAUCAGCAGCACCACACCAAAGAGCAUCGCUUCGGCGGCCAAUUCGCCGCACCAUCAAAUGCAAAGCAACUGCAACUACAGCCUGGGAUCGCCCUCGUCCCUGUCCUCUGCCUCCUCGGCGGCCCUGUCGCCGCUGGGCAAUGUGAGCAAUCUGGUCAACAUAGCGAAUAACAACAAUACAAAUGGAACGGGCCUGGUGAAGCCACUGCAGCAAAAGGUCAAACUGCCGGCUGUGGGCAGUCCGUUCCCGAAGCCAGCGUACUCCUACUCCUGUCUCAUUGCUCUGGCGCUCAAGAACUCGCGGGCUGGCUCUCUGCCCGUCUCCGAGAUCUACAGCUUCCUCUGCCAGCACUUUCCCUACUUCGAGAAUGCCCCCAAUGGCUGGAAGAACAGUGUGCGUCACAAUCUGUCGCUGAACAAGUGUUUCGAGAAGAUUGAACGCCCGGCCACGAAUGGCAACCAGAGGAAGGGCUGCCGCUGGGCCAUGAAUCCCGAGCGCAUCAACAAGAUGGACGAGGAGGUGCAGAAGUGGUCGCGCAAGGAUCCAGCUGCCAUACGGGGAGCCAUGGUCUAUCCACAUCACCUAGAGUCUCUGGAAAGGGGAGAGAUGAAGCAUGGAUCAGCGGAUUCGGAUGUGGAGCUGGAUUCGCAGUCGGAAAUUGAAGAGUCUUCUGACUUGGAGGAGCACGACUUUGAAGACACCCUGGUGGAUGCCAUGCUGGUGGAGGAGGAGGAAGAAGAGGAGGCCGGGGAGGAGGACGAAGACGAGGAGGAUCACAUGCUGAGCGAGUUUGAAGCUGAAGAUGAGCAUAAUUCCCACGCCAGCAUGAAUCAGUCGAAUAACCUGCCCAUUGACCACGAACUGCUCGUCCAGAAGCAUGGUGACUUUGAUAUUGAGGUCGACGAACUGUACGAUGCCAUCGACAUUGAGGAUGACAAGGAGGCAGUGCGUCGCCUGAUCAACAGCACAUCAUCGAACAUCAUUGAACUAAACCCAGCCGAUCUGAAUGCCAACGAUGGCUAUCACCACCAGCAGCCGCCCGCCAAGCGUGCUCGCGUGGACAUCAACUAUGCUAUAGGACCCGCUGGAGAGCUGGAGCAGCAGUAUGGGCAGAAGGUGAAGGUGCAGCAGGUUGCCCAGCUUCAGCAUCAGCCGCCCACCUACAACAGGCGCAAGAUGCCGCUGGUCAAUCGCAUCAUCUAGGGAGGGGGCAGAGCCCUCUGAAGAGCCUGCAAGCUGCUGCUCCCAUAACAUUAAACACUUAGUGCUAGGUUUUUUUUGCAUUUAAGGCAUCCUUGCUACGCUUACCCCUUUGAUUAUAUCCCCUAUCGGAUAUCGAAUAUCAGCUUUCAGUUUUCGGUACAAUAUGUUAUUCAAUCCCCCCACUUUUUUGGCCGCCGUUUGAUUUUAAAUCUCGAAGAGCAUGAGCGCCGCGCCAGUUAAUUUGAAUCUUUUUCUCUCUGUAGUCUCCCCUCGAAUAAAUCUUUAUUGAUUGUAACACACACACGAA